GCUUUAGCUCCUUCCAUUUUUGUGGCCAGGAAUGGCGGAAGGAGCCAUGAGCACUGGCUUUCAGCUCAAGCUCAGGCUUAAGCUUGAGCUCCGGAUGAUAGUUCUACUUUUUGGAUUCUUUCUUAAGCUCUCGGUAUCGGAGAUCAUCUUUGAGGAGCGAUUUGACGAUGAUUGGGAGAGCCGUUGGGUUGUAUCGGACUGGAAGAAGAGUGAAGGAAAAGCUGGGAACUUUAAGCAUUCAGCAGGAAGAUGGGCUGCCGAUGUAGAUGAUAAAGGAAUUCAGACAUAUCCAGAUGCAAGACAUUUUGCCAUAAGUGCCAAGGUUCCGGAAUUUAGUAAUGAAAACAGGACAUUAGUGCUGCAAUAUUCUGUUAAAUUUGAGCAGGAUAUUGAAUGUGGUGGUGGUUAUAUCAAGCUUCUUUCUGGUUAUGUCAAUCAGAAGAAAUUCAGUGGUGAUACACCAUACAGUUUAAUGUUUGGGCCUGAUAUAUGUGGCACUGAUACAAAGAAGCUCCAUGUUAUACUUUCGUACCAGGGACAAAACUAUCCUAUCAAAAAGAAUCUAGAAUGUGAAACUGACAAGUUAACUCAUGUUUACACAUUUAUUCUUAGGCCUGAUGCAUCAUAUAGUAUCCUAGUUGAUAACAGAGAAAAAGAUUCAGGAAGCAUUUAUACUGACUGGGAUAUUCUUCCUCCCAGAAGAAUUAAGGAGGUCACUGCAAAGAAGCCUGAAGACUGGGAUGAUAGAGAACAUAUUGAUGACCCAAAUGGUGCCAAACCAGAGGGUUAUGACUCAAUUCCGGCUGAAAUUCCUGAUCCAAAUGCUAAGAAGCCUGAUUCAUGGGAUGAUGAUGAAGAUGGUACAUGGAAACCUCCAAUGGUUCCUAAUCCAGCUUAUAAGGGACCAUGGAAACGCAAGAGGAUCAAGAAUCCAAAUUACCAGGGAAAAUGGAAAACCCCAUGGAUUGACAACCCAGAGUUUGAAGAUGAUCCUAAUAUCUAUGUAAUGAAGCCUAUUAAUUAUGUCGGAUUUGAAAUAUGGCAGGUUAAAGCUGGUGCAGUUUUUGACAAUGUUUUAAUAUGUGAUGACCCAGAGUAUGCAAAACAAGUUGCAGAAGAAACAUGGGGGAAAAACAGGGAGGCUGAAAAUGAGGCUUUUGAGGAAGCAGAGAAAGUGCGUCGAGCUCAGGAAGAAGAGGAUGCUCGACGGGCAAGGGAGGAAGGCGAGCGGAGGAGACGAGAGAGAGGGCAUGACUGGCGUUCCCGUCAUAGAGACAGAUACAAAGACAAGUACAGAAGGCGUAUCCACCGUGAAUAUUUUGAUGAUUACCAUGAUGAAUUGUAAACUGUCAUCCAUCAUUUUAUCAAGUCCAUCCACGUCAAUAAAAGCUUUAAUUGCAGUUCUUCAUCAAUUCCUGCAUCAGAUAUUUUUCUGCAGUGUACUAGUAGUAGUGUGCCGAAGUUUUGCAGUUCAUGCUUGCAAUUGUUGGGAUUUUUUUUGUUUUUUUUUUGUUUUUAAACUUUUGUAGCAUUCUGUCUGUAUUACUGAGAAUAAUGAUGUAGUUCCUUGCCUUAUGCAAACUGCUUCUUUGUGUAAUGCAAGUGGCUUAUUGAAUGAAAAUAUUUGGGAGGUAGUUAUUAAUGUUGGUCAAGA